AUGGCUGAGCCCUUCCAACUGCUGCGCUCGACGCCCGAUUCGAGCCUCUUCAGCUUCCCUCCUGCAAAUGCGCCAGCCCCCAUUGCGCCCGUGGACGUUCCAACAUCAAUUCUGCGGCCAUUCAAUAUCCCCGAGCAUAUCUUUACUGGUGCUCUUGAUGCCAAGGUCCCCUUGACCAUCGCUAUUCUAUAUGCCGUGACUGUCAAGAGUCUCAACAUCUACAACAAAUCCAACGGCAAGAAGCCAUGGGCUAUCAGCAAGACCCGUCCUUUCUUUGCCUUCGUGGUUCUUCACAACGUCUUCCUCUGCGUCUACUCUGCUUGGACAUUCUGGGGCAUGCUUGGUGGUAUGAAGAGAAGUAUUCUCAACCCUGCUGGUCCGCAAGGUCUUGCUGGUACGGCUGAUAGUUUCUGUCGUCUUCAUGGGUCCUCUGGUCUUGGAAACUCUGUCUACUACAACGAGACUUCGAGCUCCUUCGUGUCUUCCGCUGAGAACGCUGCUAUCGUUGAUGGUUUGCCCAGUGGAACUGUUGGUGGUCGUCUGUGGAACGAGGGACUGGCUUACUAUGGAUGGAUCUUCUAUCUCAGCAAGUUCUACGAGGUCCUCGACACAUUUAUCAUUCUAGCCAAGGGCAAGCUUAGCUCUACUCUUCAGACCUACCACCACGCCGGAGCCAUGCUUUGCAUGUGGGCUGGUAUGCGUUACAUGUCUGCCCCCAUUUGGCAGUUUGUUCUUAUCAACUCCUUCAUCCACUCCCUCAUGUAUUUUUACUACACCCUGACAGCCUUUAACAUCCGAGUCCCAACUCCCGUCAAGCGAACACUUACGUCAAUGCAAAUCACUCAAUUUCUUGUCGGCGCAAGUAACACUGUGGCUCAUUCUUUCAUCUCUUACAAAGUUCCUGUCACCAUCAUCCAGAAACUUUCCGCCCCAGUCGGUGCUACCACAGCUGCUCCAGACGCCAGCCAAGAGACAGUUGUUGACGGUGCUGUCGAAUCUCUCAAGAAGUUCAUUUGGGGUGCUGGUGAGGGUGCCGACCCUAUUGCCUCACAGGCUGUCAGCGCCGAGGCCUUCACUGCGGAAACCCAAUACGUUACUCAGCCAUGUAUCAUGACCACUGGCGAGACCUUUGCUAUCUGGCUCAACGUAUUGUACCUCGCUCCUUUGACUUACCUUUUUGUCAGCUUCUUCAUUGCCAGCUAUGUCAAGCGAAGCAACGCUGCUAGCAAGACCUCUCACAAGAGAGCCCACGAUGUCAACGCUAACAUUGCUCUUGCCGAGAAGGCCGGCUGGGACGCUGCCAAGGGCAUUGAGAAGGAAAUUUACGAUGGUGCCAACAUGGCCAAUGGCUCCUCGGACGAGGCCUCGCGCGCUUCUACCCCCAAGAAGGCUAGUGGCAAGUCACGACGAAAGGCUUAA